AUGGAUGUUCGACUUGGUGUGGUGGCUCCAACUGGGGUCUUUGUAGUAGGAUUAGUCACGACCUAUGCGCUCAAUUCAAUGGUUCCUCUUGCUCUCUCCUUGGCAAUGGCUAAUCCUGCUGAAAUAGGUCGAGAGCCUGCUUUAAGCAAAACAGAUUGGAAAUACUUUUCGCUCAUAUCCAAAAUCCCAGUCUCUCCAAACACGGCAAUUUAUCGGUUUAAAUUACCACAUCCUGAAGAUGUUUUGGGAUUACCAAUUGGACAGCAUAUAUCUGUUGGAGUUGAAGUCGAAGGACGUGAAGUUUCACGUAGCUAUACACCUAUAUCAUCAGAUGAUGACAAGGGAUACUUUGAUCUACUCAUCAAGAGCUAUCCAACUGGUAAUGUGUCUAGAGUCAUUGGAAACAUGAAGAUUGGCGAGCAGAUCAAGGUCAAAGGUCCAAAAGGAAACUUCAACUACAAGGGACCAAAUUUUGUUCGUUCUUUCGGGAUGAUUGCUGGCGGGACUGGCAUCACACCCAUGUUACAAAUCAUCAAAUCCAUACUCAAGAAUCCUUCAGACUUUACGGAAGUCAGUCUCUUGUAUGCCAAUGUGAAUGAAGACGACAUUCUGCUACGAGAAGAACUGGACCAGCUUGCUGCGUUGCAUCCUCGAUUCACAGUUUAUUACAUCUUGAACAAUGCUCCAACAAGUUGGACGGGUGGUGUCGGAUUUAUCACAAAAGACAUGAUUCAAAAUCGAUGCCCAGCUCCCUCGUCAGAUAUCAAGAUCCUAAUAUGUGGACCACCACCAAUGAUCAAGGUCAUGCAACAGUAUACAGAUGAACUUGGGUAUGAGAAAGCUCGUGUGAUUUCUCAGUUGCAUGACAUGGUCUUCAAAUUCUGA